GAUCACGCUUCCUCCGAGACGAACUUCAAAGACUCCACGGUAGCCAGAUUCGGGCUCCCCAAUGAGGAGUAGUUGACCAAUCUUGAACAGAAAAGCUAGGGGUUGUCAGAGCAGCCACGGUCUUCAAUUGGGUGGCAGUCGGAACGGUACGAUUUUGGAUAGUAGGUGGGGGUGUAAGCAUGAUUCCGGGGGAGGCCUGCAGGUUGAAGUGAAAGGAUGCCGAGUAACUCCUAAUUAGACUUGCGGAUUGGGUUCGAAGGCUGGGGGUGGAGCGAUCACCUGACUGUGCAUCUCGAUUAUCUUGACGCCUUCCCAUCAUCCAAUGCACAAACCAAAACAGGGCACCGCCUGGUCCAAGAACUCUACCAGUACAUCUAGCAUCAUAUCGUCUGCGAAAGUAUCGUCCAAACCAUCUCAAAAAGGGAAGAGCUCAACAGUUCAGAAGAGCAAGGAUGUGCGCCGUGUGGAACGACUCCUGAAGUCUCUGAAUACUGGGUUAGCGCCUUCCGAUGUAAGUAACGAUGGAUGCUUCUGCCAAGCGAAAGUUCACCGUCUGUCUUCUUAUGUCCCGAUAUGCCCACAUUGUGGGCUAAUAUUUUGUUUGCUUCAGCAUCCCGCCAAUCCUUGCCCAUUUUGCCAUCUUCCAUUACUCUCUCCACAUACCAAAAACGCUCUUGUGCAGAAGCUCAACUUUGGGCUAUCCGUAAUCUUACAAAAAGAAGCCGAUGCCGAAGAAGCACGAGCGCGGCAAGCACAAAGCAACAUCACAGCGUUCCCUCCUCUUACUUCCACGUCACCAUCUGGCGUUAAGUCCACAUCCUCGUCCCCCUCUGCGUCUCGCCGAGUGGUCAGUGUAAAAGCAGGGAAAGCACGAAUAUCAGUCACGCCGUCUCCGGGGCAAUCCACCCCAGCAAACAACAGCGAUGCCGAGAAGGACGAAUUCUCCAACAAUGCUGUACCACCGCGUGUCCCCUUACCCCCGGACGAUCCCCCGUUCGUUCCCCGUCGCGGCAAUGAAAGACGCUGGCAGAACUUACAUGGAGAAGGAUUGACAUAUGUUGAAUCUCAAUUAUCUAAUGAGAUUGAACAGAGGAAAAUGACUACAAGUGUGAAGGAGAAUAGCUGACUUCCGAAACUCCACAUGGCUUCGUUCGUUAAUCAGACAGAUUAUAUAUACCAAGCGUCUUAAUGUAUUCUAAAAAGGAGCCAGUGCUUCCCGUCACCCGUGAUGCACAUGGAUGGCUUUCAUCAACUGUUCCGAGAACCUGUUUGGACCCUCGCAGAAACGGAUGUAAGAUGGCAUAUUCCC